CCCCUCACAAACACUCACCUGGACACCACACACUAGUAACAGUAUGUGCUAGAGCUGCAGCUUGGCAGAGAGGCCAUGAAGAGUUCUUCAGUUGCACCAAGCCUGAAACUGAAACAGGAGCAGGUAGGUGAUGAAAGUAAGCUGCAGGGAAGUGGUCUGAACUGCCUUGAGCUUAGGCUUGGCAUCUCUUCAGACAAUGACAGUAGUCCAUGGCUUGGUGUUGGAGUGGACCCUUGGAGCCUGGCUGCCAGGCAAGAGAAGGCAGCCUUGGAGCAAGCUCACCAGAUGCCUGAUUAUGAGUGUGCUCUCCAAAGAGACAACCGCGCCGCCGCACCACCUCAGCUGGUCGGAUGGCCGCCGGUGCGCGCGUUCCGCAAGAACCUGGUAGGAGCGAAGCCUGCAGACGCCGCAGAGGAUCUCGUCAAGGUGAAGCAUGGCUCCGAUGACGGCCUCGGUGCCGGCGAGAGACCGCCGACGACCAUGUUCGUGAAGGUGAACCUGGAGGGCUGCGCCGUCGGGAGGAAGGUGGACCUGCAGGCGCACCGCGGGUACGGCUCGCUGUCCCGCGCGCUCCAGAGCAUGUUCCAUGGCUUCCUCUCAGAUGGUCAGUGGAGGAUCGCAGCUAAAGACGAUGACGAUGAGCAGCAGCAGCAGCUGGAGACGAACAAGGGCCCCAAGAAGACGUUCAUCUUGCUGUACGAGGACAGCGAGGGCGACCGGAUGCUCGUCGGCGACGUUCCAUGGGAGCUGUUCAUCGCUUCGGUGAAGAGGCUCUACAUUGCACAGGACCGACCCUAGGGCGCAGAAAGAAGAGCAGCAACUAGCCAGAUGCAAGGCCAGGAGAUCUAUUCUGCCAAGAGCGAUCAUAUUGUCAUCUUAGUUGUAUGAUAGCUAAUGGUAAUUCUUAUAUAUAUAAGAAGAUUAAUAUGUGCUUUUAGGAGUACUACUCCUAGCUUAAUUCAUAGUUGAUCUAGUUACAACUAAAAUAUAUACUACUUUCUAAGAUAUAUAUAUUUCUUUAUAAAUGAAGUAUACUUUUUGUAAGA